AUGAGUUCUUACCUGUCCAUGUCCAUGGUUCUCCCAAUCUUUGUUUUUCUCAUACCCUUAACUUUCUUUCUUUUGAUCAAGCAAAAGAAGCACUAUGCUCAACAGAAGAGGUUGCCUCCUGGUCCUAAAAGGUUACCUCUCAUGGGAAACCUUCAUCUUCUCUUUAAUGAUCUACCCCAAUCUGUCCUUGAACACCUUGCUAAUCAAUAUGGACCAUUGAUGUUCUUGCAAUUAGGCUCAAGAUCUACUUUAGUAGUCUCCUCAGCCCAAAUGGCAAUAGAGGUUUUCAAAACUCAUGACCUCAUUUUUUCAGGUAGACCAAACUUGUAUUGUGUAAAUAAGCUCACCUAUGAUUCUUUCAGCUUAUCUUUUUCUCCCUAUGGUGAGUACUGGAGGGAGGUUCGUAAGAUUGUGAUGUUGGAACUACUUGGUCCCAAGAGAGUUCAGAUGUUUCGUUCUGUGAGGGAUGAAGAGGUUGGAGUUAUGAUCGAAUCUAUAACUCGGAAUUCUGAGGGUCUCAUCAAUCUAAGUGAAGCGACACUUCACUUGGCCAAUAAUAUUGUAUGUCGUUCUGCUUUUGGUAAAAAGUAUGAUGGUCCUGCAUGUGACAACAGCAAGAGCACAAUUCAUGAACUGCUUGAUGAAACAAGGAUUUUAUUAGGAAAUGUCUUUCUUUCAGACUAUUUACCAUGGAUGGGUUGGCUAAACAAGUUGAGUGGUCUUGAACAAAGGUUAGACAAGUGUUUUAAAGGUCUGGACAAUAUCUAUGACAAAGUGAUUGAGGAACACCGUGAUCCUGAGAGGCCUGAACCAGAGCAUGAAGAUCUUGUUCAUGUACUGCUUCGAGUUCAAAAUGAUCCAAAUCAAGCAAUUGCGCUCACUAAUGACCAAAUGAAGGGUGUCAUCGCUGAUAUGUUUAUUGGAGGGACUGAUACAACCACAUCGAUACUGGUCUGGAUUAUGGCUGAGCUAAUUAGGAACCCUGUGGUGUUGACGAAAGCACAAAAUGAGGUGAGAGAGCUCAUCAAGAACAAAGGGAAGGUUGAAGAAAGUGACCUUUCUCAUCUCAUGUACCUAAAGUGCGUCAUCAAGGAAGGUUUCAGAUUACAUCCACCAGUGCCACUACUUAUUCCGAGAGAAACUACACAAACUUGCACAAUUGAAGGGUACGAAAUCCCUGCCAAAACAAUGGUGUUUGUUCAUGCAAAAAUGAUUGGAAGGGACCCGAAAUGUUGGGACAAUCCAAAUGCAUUCUCCCCUGAAAGAUUCUUGGACAGCUCGUUUGAUUACAAAGGAAACCACUAUGAGUUUUUACCAUUUGGGGUAGGAAGGAGGCGUUGUCCCGGUAUGAACUUUGCUGUGCAGGUUGUUGAGCUUGCACUUGCUAAUCUUCUUUAUUGUUUCCACUGGGAACUGCCUCAUGGAGUGAAAAGAGAAGACUUGGACAUGAAGGAAGCAGUUGGGCUUACGGUCCAGAAGAAAGUUCAUUUAUGUCUAGCUGCUACACCUGUAUAUCUUUAA